AUGGCCAUGCUCCGCUCAGCAGCCCGCUUUAAGCAUCUUUGGGCCGCCGGCGACAAGCAGUACGUGGGCUGCUGGGAGUCCGUUCCCCGUCGCUACGGCAAUGCUCUGGGCCCCGUGUCCUACGCCAACCGCACUCCAGUGCCCAAGGACUGGGUCCUCAGGGGAAGUGGAAUCCACGGACCGGAAAACGGUGAGGUCAUGAAGUUGGUGCUGUGGAACCGGCUCAAGCAGAAGCGCCCUCAGCGACAGGGCGUCACCACGGCAGAUCUGCAGGAGUUCUAUCGAAUGGAGGUCACAGUCGUGUGGUGGAUGUUUGGCCUCGUGUUCUUCGUGGCACCCCUCAACUGGUGGGGAAAGAAGUACCGCAUGGUCCACGACCACUACCCGUGGAUGGCCGCGCGCAUAGAUGGCACCCGUGGAGUGGGCCCCUACGCCUGGUUCUUCGAGUGA